AAAACCCGGAAGUGCAACAGAGAACGUUAAGCUGAUAAAAGUUGAGCGUCUCGAAGUAUGAGUAAUAUUUUGUUAAAAAUAAAAAGCUGCGUGCCAGGGAAGCAGAAGACGGCUCUUACUCAGAGUGACUUGGUUAAAUGUGGAUUAAAUGGGAUCCAGCUGAGACCUUACCAGCUGCAUGGGGUCCACUGGUUGACCCAGUGUCUGAAGAACCAACAAGGAUGCAUUCUAGGAGACGAAAUGGGUUUGGGAAAAACAUGUCAGACGAUCUCUCUGCUGGUGUUCGUGUCAGGAGCUCCUGGGAGGAAAGGUCCGUUCCUGGUGCUGAGCCCACUCUCUGUCAUGGAGAACUGGAGGAAAGAGCUUGAAAGCUUCGCCCCGUCUCUCACUGUGUUGUGUUACAAAGGAGACAAAGAGCGACGGGCUGAGCUUCAGAGGGAAACACAAACUCAGGACUUUGAUGUCAUGCUCACUACCUACGAGCUGUGUCUCAAAGAUGCUUCAUUCUUGCGACGGUGGAGCUGGAAGGUGCUCGUUGUAGAUGAAGCCCAGAGGCUGAAGAAUCAGAAUUCGUUGUUGCACAAGACCUUGACUCAGUUCUCAGCGGGGUUCAGAGUCCUGCUCACCGGGACCCCCAUCCAGAACAACCUGCAGGAGCUCUACUCCCUGCUGAGCUUCGUUCAGCCCAACAUCUUCACGGCCGAGGAGGCGGACAACUUCACCCUCUCUUACGCCGACGUUCAGACUCGACCUGCUUUAGUUUGCCUCUAUUUGACCCCCCCCGUGUCCCUCACGCUGCAUCGGCCUCCAGCCGCCGAGCUGCAGAGCCUCCUGGAGCCCUUCCUGCUCCGCCGGGUCAAGUCGGAGGUGGCGGUCGAUCUGCCGAAGAAGACGGAGCUGCUGAUGUACCACGGCAUGUCCACCCUGCAGAAGAAAUACUACAAGGCCCUUCUGAUGAAGGAUCUGGAGGCUUUUGGAAACGACCACGGCAACAACAACAACAACAACCGGCUGCUGAACAUCCUGAUGAACCUGAGGAAGUGUGUGGACCACCCGUACCUGUUCCACGGGGUGGAGCCGGAGCCGUUUGAGAUGGGGGAGCAUCUGGUGGAGGCCAGCGGGAAGCUGUCUCUCCUGGACGGCAUGUUGGCGCACCUCCACAAAGGAGGCCAUCGGAUCCUGCUCUUCUCUCAGAUGACGAGGAUGCUGGACAUUCUGCAGGACUACAUGGAGUUCAGAGGUUACAGCUACGAGCGUCUGGACGGGUCGGUCCGAGGGGAAGAGAGGAAUCUUGCCGUGAAGAACUUCAGCAGCAAAGACAUCUUUGUCUUUCUGCUCAGCACUAAAGCAGGGGGGGUCGGCCUGAACCUCACAGCCGCCGACACGGUGAUUUUCAUGGACAGCGACUUCAACCCUCAGAACGACCUGCAGGCCGCCGCACGCUGCCACCGGAUUGGUCAGAGCAGGCCGGUGAAAGUGAUCCGCCUCCUGGCGAGGGACACCGUGGAGGAGAUCAUGUUCUCGCGAGCCGCGUCCAAGUUGCACCUCACCGACACGGUGAUGGAGGAAGGGCGCUUCUCCCUGCUGGACCGGGCCCAGGCCGGCGCCGCGGGCCUCCAGCUCGGCGAGGUCCUGAAGUUCGGGGUGGACAAGCUUCUGUCGUCGGAGGAGAGCUCCGUCACCGAGGUGAAGCUGGAGAAGAUCCUCGGCCCGUCGCGGGAUGGUCAGUGGGAGGAUGAAGACCUCAGAGGAGAAGAAGAGGAGGAAGAGGAGGAGGAAUCUGACGGCCAGAACCACAUGUACUACUUUGAGGGGAGAGACUACAGUAAAGAAAGCAGCUCUGAAGACCAGAAGCUCUUCGAGCGUCUGCUGGAGGAGCAGCUGGCCGAGUCCCAGCGAGCAGCAGCAGGAGGUCGAGCUCUGCGGCACAAAGCCGGACCGGUGUCGCUGUCACUGAGCCUCGCCCCCCCGACCAGGAAGAGGAAGCCCCUCACGGAGGCGGAGCUUGAGCUCCGGAGCCAGAGACGCGAGGAGGCCGCCGCCAAGAGAGCCAGACUUCAGCAGGACACGAAGAAGAAGCAACAGGAGCAGAAACGCAAGAAAAGGGCGGCGUGGUGGGAGUCGUGCGGCUACAGGUCGCCGUGUCUGCCUCCGGCGGACAGUGAUGAAGAUGAAGAAGAAGAUGACGACAGCAGCAGCGUGUGCUCCACAGACUCGGACAGCACGGCCAUCCGCUACGUCCUGGGUGAUGUCACUCGUCCUCACGCCGCUCGGGGGGACGCCAUCAUCGUCCACUGCGUCGAUGACUCGGGCCGCUGGGGGAGAGGCGGUUUGUUCACGGCUCUGCAGGCGAGAUCAGACGAGCCGAGGAAGAAGUACGAGUCGGCCGGCGAGAUGAAAGAUUUGGACAUUGGAAAUGUGCUGCUCUUCCCCAUCGAUGACAAACAGUCCAGAUUAGACGGCCGCGAUCAACUGGCCUUGAUCGUCGCUCAGCGGAGGGACAAAGACAACAACUUGUCCGGGAUCCUCCUCAGCGCUCUGGACGACGCUCUGAAGAAGAUUUACGCCGCCGCCAAAACAAACAAAGCGAGCGUCCAUCUUCCUCGCAUCGGCCACGCCACCCGAGGCUUCAACUGGUACGGCACGGAGCGGCUCGUCAGGAAGCACCUGGCGUCCAGAGGCGUCGCCACGUUCAUAUACUACCACAGCCGAGCGGCGAAGAGCUCUGCCCCCCAGGUGACCACGGCGGCCUCCUCGAGAGAGACGGAGGCAGGAAGCCCCCCCCCCGGGCCCUCAGAUCUUCUCAGGGGCCCCCCCGAGCUCCCUGAUUUCAUGAGCGGGGUCCGUGUGUUCUUCUACAACCUGGCGGCGUCGGAGAGGAGGACGCUGGCACGCCACCUCGUCACGUAUGAUGGAGACGAGGAGGAGGUCAUGAGUCCGGAGGUCACUCACGUCGUAGCGGAGGUGGAGAGCGACAUCCAAUCACAGGAGCUGAGGGACCUGUGUGGUCGGUUCCCGGGGGCCGUCCCGGUGCAGAAGGACUGGCUGAACUUCUGCUUCUCCAAACAGCGCCGUGUCGACGCCGCCGCUUUCCUCCAUCCGCUCGGAUAACAACACAAAGCAUC